AGCGAUACACGAAGCAAUGGAAUGCAUGAAGAAAACUGCCGGUGACAUUCAGCCGGAGUGUGAGGCUCGCUGCGAAGUGCAAGCGAAGAUGCUGGACGAUGCAUCGAAGAACAAAAUUGAUACCUUGUUCAGUGGACCCCGAGCUUGCAACUCUACGCGAUGCCUACUAACUUGUUUCAAAGAAAGCAUUGACAAGAGAUGUCAAACUGGGCAGACGAGAAUGCUGGACACUCUAGUAAAGGAGGUAAUGCGUGAUUACGGUGAAGGCAAAGGUUGGGAAGAUGCCAUCAACUACAUAAUGCCCGAGUCUUGCAAAGAGAAGGCUUAUGAAAAUAAACAGCCAGUGCAAAUUGAGGAUUCGCCAUCGGACUUGCCUAAUUCUGUGAAGAAGGUGAACAAAAGUGAACGAAAGAAGAAGAACUUCGUGAAAAGCAAAGCUGACCAAAAUGCAGGGAAGGAGUCACUGGAAAAGCCAUCGAAGAAAGUGGCCGAGGAUAAUGUAGUAAAGGAAACAACAGUGAUAGUUGACGGCGAGAUUCGCACAUUACGUUAUGAGUUGUUUGACUGGCUGGGACAUCCCGUUCAAUCACCUGAUUUCGAGACAUUGGCCAGGAUAAUAACUCAGAAGCUCCUCCCUUCUUCAGAAAAAACGGAACACCCGAAGAGCAUCAGUGUUAGAAAGCAUCCUUCCAAAUAUGGAAUAUAUUUUCAACAAAACAAAAUCAGCGGAAAUAGCAGAGUUGAAGAUUUACCGAAGAACGGGAAAUCACCGGAAUGGCUACCGGAAGAGAGACCUGAGAUCAUCUUCAGGGAAGUUGAAACUGUAAAGGAAGGGGUCUCGGUGACAAUCGGCUUAGCCAUUUUUGUCGCUACUGUGCUGUAUUGGCUUUGGGAGACCGCGCGCGAUAUAAACUGAGCGUAUUAAGUUAAUCAUCCUGAACAUAUACAGUCAUCGCGAAGUAGUUUCUUGUGAUAUAAAUCUAGUCGUUGUGUAUGUCAUUGUGCCUUUGAACGCCUGUGAAUGCUUUGAAAGAAAAUCAAGCCUGUUGUGAUAUCUUUAUUAUGUAUGCCUAUACACUAUAUAUGUAUUAACUAUCUUGUUGGUUAACCGGGCGAUCGAAAAUAAAAUAAGUUUGCCAGUUC